AUGGCUUCGAGUCAGAGGGAGCCUGAUGCUGAGGCUAUCGAGGACGACGAACGUCAGUAUGCCCACCUGAGAGCGAGCAAUGAUGCCGAUGACCUGAAUCUGCUUCGCCCACAGAAUCAUUCGAAGACCCUUCCUUUCCAUGAACUCUUUACCUCGCUGUUCAACCCCCUCAACGACAACAAGAAACGUCCCACAGGUCCGACUGUGGCGCGGGCAAAGCAAGGUCCCCAUGGACCAAGUAAUCAGCCUCCGCACGAGAUACGUCGCAAUAUCAUCUCGCGAUUUAUCUCCAGGUGGCGAAGAGACGUCGGCAAUGACAUCUACCCCGCUCUCCGCCUGAUAUUACCCGAGAAGGACCGUGACAGAGCCAUGUAUGGUCUGAAAGAGAAAGCCAUCGGCAAAUUGCUUGUCAAAUUGUUGAAGAUCAAUCCAAAUUCAGAGGAUGGCUUCAACCUCCUCAACUGGAAGUUACCAGGUCAGACGACGUCAAGCCGAAUGGCGGGAGAUUUCGCAGGUAGAUGCUAUGAAGUAUUGUCCAAGAGAGCUAUGCGAUCAACGGUUGGUGAUAUGAGAAUUGCGGAGGUCAACGAAUUGCUGGACCGUCUCUCCGUGGUUUCUAAGGAAGAAGACCAAUUGGCUCUUUUUCAAAUUUUUUACAAUAGGAUGAAUGCGGAGGAGCUAAUGUGGCUCAUACGUAUCAUUCUACGGCAGAUGAAGAUAGGAGCCUCGGAGAAAACACUAUUUGACCUGUGGCACCCCAAUGGAGAAGCCCUCUUCAACGUAACAUCCAGUCUCCGACGCGUCUGUUGGGAACUGAAAGACCCCUCGGUGGUCCUCAAUGAAGAGAAGACUGGAAUUACUCUUAUGGAAUGCUUUCAGCCACAACUCGCACAGUUCCAGAUGCAUUCGUUUGAGACGAUGAUCGCGAAAAUGGGCUGUACACCAAGCGAGCCCAACUUCUGGAUCGAAGAAAAGUUGGAUGGUGAAAGAAUGCAAAUGCACAUGACGAAGGACCCCAACAGUAAAGGAGGGUUUCGAUUUUCAUUCUGGUCGCGAAAGGGAAAAGACUACACAUACCUAUAUGGCAACAGCUUCGAAGAUGAACGCUCCGCACUCACUCGACACCUCAAGGACGCCUUUGAGGAUCGAGUGAAUAAUGUUAUCUUGGACGGCGAAAUGAUCACCUGGGAUCCAGAGCUGGAUGUGAUGGUAGGGUUUGGCACAUUGAAGACUGCAGCACUAUCUGAGCAGAGAGAUCCUUUCAAUGGUACCGGCCAUCGACCUUUGUUCCGGGUUUUCGACUGCCUGUAUCUGAAUGACAAAGUCCUUACGCAAUAUAAGUUGGAGGAGAGACGAAUUGCGUUAGAGGGCUCAAUCAGGAACGUCCAUCGUCGGCUUGAAAUUCAUCAAUACCAAGAAGCUCAUCAGGCAUCACAAGUUGAGGCCGCCUUACGCAAAGUAGUAGCCGAAGCCUCUGAAGGGCUUGUGUUGAAGAAUCCAAGAUCAAUCUAUCGAUUGAACUCUCGAAAUGAUGACUGGAUGAAGGUCAAGCCUGAGUAUAUGACAGAAUUCGGAGAAUCGCUAGAUUGCGUUAUCAUUGGUGGCUAUUACGGCUCCGGUCAUAAAGGUGGACGUUUGUCGUCGUUCUUGUGCGGACUUCGGGUAGGCCAGAAUGACAUUCAGAAGGGUGCAAAUCCGAUGAAAUGCAUUUCAUUUUUCAAGGUUGGUGGAGGUUUCAGAGCCCAGGAUUACCGCAGUAUCGAUGAGAAGACAAGUGGGAAGUGGACCAAGUGGGAUCGAGCUCAUCCGCCUACAGAACUCAUCACGCUUGGCGGCGGUGAUAAGCAAUAUGAACGGCCAGAUGUAUGGAUCAAACCAAGCGAUUCGGUCGUCCUAGAAGUCAAGGCCGCAUCAGUCGGAGGUUCUGAUCAGUUCGGUUUCCAAUACACCUUACGUUUCCCUCGGUUCAAGAAGCUGCGAGACGACAAAGCUUGGGACACUGCACUUUCCGUUGAUGAAUUCAUUCAGCUCAAACUUCGUGUCGAGGCAGAAUCAAAGGAGAAGAAAUUCGAGGUCGACACACGCAGGAAAAGUACAAAGAAACUGAAGAAAGAAGUGGUCAUCGCUGGUAAUGAUACUAAAGUCAAGACCCCAUACGCCGGUCCGAAAACUGCGGUCUUUGAGGGCCUGAAUUUCUGCGUUCUGAGUGAGAUGCUUUUUCCUCAAAAGAAGUCUAAAGCGGAGAUAGAGCAGAUCAUUAAGAGCAACGGAGGUGCGAUCUCCCAAAGCCCCACCGCCAAAGAAGACAUGAUUUGCAUUGGAGACAAGAAGGUGGUCAAGGUCGCGAGUUUGAUCAAAAGCGGACAAACGAACAUUGUCAAGCCAUGCUGGGUUCUUGAUGCUCUGAGGCAAGCCGAGAUUGAUGGUCCACAGCGACAGCGGCUCUUGGUUCCGUGGGAGCCAAAGCACAUGUAUCAUAUGCUGGAUCUGAUGCGCGAGCAGAUUGAAGGGAAUGUGGAUGAGUAUGGAGACAGUUAUGCUCGAGAUGUCUCGGUCGAGGAUCUCAAGAAGAUCAUGGACGAUAUGAUACACCCAAAGAACUCGGCGUUCAAUUCCAACAAGUUUCUUACCGAGCUUGACGAGCGCGGAAAAGGUCUUGGCGAGGUACCUGGAUCGAUGUUCAGGAGAUGUGUUGUUCGUUUUGUGUCGGAAGAUGAAUUGGAGGACUGUGGACCGAACGUUGAUCUCCUGAUUGCGAAGAGCCAGUUCUCGUUUUCUGGAGGCAGAAUUGUUGAAGAUGACAAGGAUGAAGAUAUCACUCAUUAUGUGAUCGUUAGUCAAAAUCCAGAAGUGGUGCGGUCUUUGAGGGAGAAGAUGUCACAAAGAAAUGGAGUUGUGCCGAGAAUUGUCGGAUUGAAGUGGUUGCUGGAGAGCUGGCACGAGAAAACAUUGCUGGACGAGGAGAGGUAUGCGGUCCGGAUCUGA